GGCUUCUCUUGUUGCGGAGGACAAGUCCUAGGCGCGGGGGCUUCAGUAGUUGUGGCACGCAGGCUCAGUAGUUGUGGCUCGUGGGCUCUAGAGCGCAGGCUCAUUAGUUGUGGAGCACGGGCUUAGUUGCUCCACGGCAUGUGGGAUCUUCCCAGACCACUCUGUGUCCCCCGCAUUGGCAGGCAGGUUCUUAACCACUGUGCCACCAGGGAAACCCUUCAGUGCUUCUUGAAGACAUGGUUCUACUUUGCACAAAAACGUGGUGGUGUGAGUAAACCGAAUGAGUGAAUCUAACCAAUUAAUAAUGUCUUUAUCUUGGAGCUUAAAUUCUAUCUAUAAGGGAGCCAUCAGGGUGCACCCAGAAAUUCUGCAUGGGAAUAAUGGGAAUUGAUUGUAGUGAUAUUACAUAUAGGAUAAAAAAUAGUCUCAAGGCUUUAUAGACAGUGAGAAUACCAUUAAAGGAAAAAAAAUGAGAGAGAGAGAGAAUGGGAGAGUUUUCAUUUUUCCUAUGAGCCCUUUGGAGAAAAUUGGGAACUUUUUUGUUUGUUUGUUUUUGUUUUUUUUGCGGUACGCGGGCCUCUCACCGCUGUGGCCUCUCCCAUGGCGGAGCAUAGGCUCCGGACGCGCAGGCUCAGCGGCCAUGGCUCACGGGCCCAGCCGCUCCGCAGCAUGUGGGAUCCUCCCGGACCGGGGCAUGAACCCGUGUCCCCUGCAUCGGCAGGCGGACUCUCAACCACUGCGCCACCAGGGAAGCCUGAAAAUUGGGAACUUUAAGGGUCUUUCCCACUUAUUUUUGUUUACCUGUUACCUAAUUCUUAAUUAUAAUUUAGUAAGAGUAAAAAGAAUGAAAGUCCAAUUUGCUAAAAAGAAAAAAGAAUACUUCUCUUUCUUCUUUAAAAUUAGAAUGAUUAAAUUAUCCCUAGAAUGUUUUUUGAGUUCCCUGGAAAUAUAUAUUACUACAUAAAAAAGGGUGCGAAAUCUCUACACUAGCUCUGAACUGGGUAAAUACAAUGAAUAAAAUGUAUUGGCUGCACUAAAAGCUAUGACGAUUCAUGUUUGUCAUACCAUGUUAUAUUUUAAAGGGAAAUUGGAGUUAAAAAUACUUGAUCGUGAUUCUGUUCACCGCUCUGCAGUUUACAUGUGAGGCUGUUUUCUCCCUGAGCAGUGGUGAAGCAAAAGGCGUAAAGAGAUAUUUUUAAAAAGAUAGUUCAGGAACACUAUUGACAAGGAGCGUGGGUCGCUUUUGACCCGAGCAGUAACUGCUGAUCAGCUGUCCCAGGGCAGGGCGUGAGGGUCGAGUGGUUCUGAAGAUGAGGCAGGAAAAAUGCGCCCCUUGGACCGGGACAAGGUAGAAGCACCGGCGGAAGUGGAAGUUUUGGGGCCCUAGGAAGAUUUGGAGCAGUUCCUGCUUCCAGUCAUCCGUGGGGUGCGGGAGGAUAUGGUGGCUCUCCCACGAGUGUACCUGAGGACCAGGAGUAAGUUGUGGAAGAUGGAUAAUAUGCUCAUGCAGAUAGAAAUGCAGGUGGAGACCUCGGAGGAGAAAGCCUUGAAUCACCUUCAGCAUCCCAGUGGGGAAGCUGAUGAGAGAGUGCCAGAGUUGUGCCGGAAGGUGGAGGAGAAAGCCAAGGAGAUUGCGAAGAUGGCAGAUUUGAUGGUGGAGCUGGUUUGGCAGAUAGAGAAAAGCAAAUCGUCUUGAAGGAGGGUUGGCUUUCACAGCUGAUGGACUCUGGUCCGCUGGUAAGGAUGGGCGGAUACCUGGAAGAAACUGAAACCGCUCAUUUUCUCUAUUCAGUUUUUGUAUGUUUUUUACUCCCAUGUAACAAUGUCCCUUAGGGUCAGUGGCUGGUGACCUUGAUAUGGGUGUAGAUUGUGAAAUGUAUUUGGUUCCUAAAAAUAACUUUCUUUUGAGAAAUACUCUCAUAAGGGAAACAGGGCUUAAUCAAAACUUGUUUCAGUUUAUUUUUGUUACUUUGCAGUGUUUUGGAAAUGUUGGGCAUGGCCUUGUAUUUUGGUGUUAUCAUGUGACCUGAUUGUUUUCUGGAACUUUGGAACACCCGUGUGAAGACUUGGGGUCAGAAUCUUCCAACUUUAGAGGUGCAGUGGAAGGCACUACUUGGAUGUAGCUGGUGAAGCAAUGUAGGAAUGAGAUUGCUUUGGAUAAGACUGGGAAAAACCAAAAGAGAGUUGGAGAUGGAAGACAGUGGGCACAUGUUAUGGAACUUGAAUACCUCUGUGAGACAAAGGAGGAGAGCUAUGUUUUGUGGCAUAUUGUCUCGUGUUUAUUGUAUAACCUGUCAGGUGCGUUUAUUUAGACAACCUAUCUGACCCUAAACGACAAAGAAGUUUGAAUAGGGAAUGAUGGAGCGCGCUUUACUAUUGUAAUAUCCUCACACAUUACAGAGGUUUAAGAGUAUGGCGUCAAAGAGACAAUCUACCAAGAGCCUUGAGAGCCUGGAGAAAGGAAAAGUCAUAUCAGGGCCCAUAAAGUCCCUUCUAGGUCACCAGGGCAGUAGAUCUGACUAGGAUUUGAGGUCAAAAAUCAAACAUGUAACAAGUGUUCAUUUGCCUUGAAAAACAAAGACCUAAAAAGCCUUAAAAUUGUUUUUCUUUUUGUGCAGAUGA